AGGCAAAGAGAGGAAACCCCAGGAGUGGACAUUUCCGACAUAUGUUGACAACAAACUACGGCGCCCUGAUAUGAAUGCAGUUUAGAAAAUAGGAAACAUCACCGCCGAUGGGCUUUGUGACCAACAUGUGGUAAACUGUAGACGCCCGCGGUUCGCCGCUAGUUUCUGAACCUUUCUUGACGAAAUUGUCUCCUCCUGCGUUUUCCUGUCCGGCUUCGCAGCGCGGGAAUAUUUACAGCGCCGGUAGCGGAAAGAAGCGCGCUCCGACGAGGACGAGCGAAGGCCGGCAAUUAUGGACCCCGCUGAAGUAGAGUUCCUUGCCGAAAAGGAGAUGGUGAAGAUAAUACCGAACUUCAGUCUCGAUAAAAUCUACUUGAUCGGGGGUGACCUUGGUCCCUUUAACCCUGGAUUGUCUGUCGAUGUGCCUGUGUGGCUGGCUCUGAACCUGAAGCAGAGACAGAAGUGCAGAAUCGUGCCACCGGAGUGGAUGGAUGUUGAGAAAUUGGAGGAGCUUCGAGAGCUUGAGAGGAGAGAGGAUGCCUUUUCACCUGUUCCCAGUGCUUACUAUAUGGAGUUGACCAAACUGCUACUAAACCAUGCAUCUGACAACAUUCCUAAAGCUGAUGAGAUCCGCACGUUGGUGAAGGACAUCUGGGACACGCGCAUCGCCAAGCUUCGCCUGUCCGCUGACAGAUUCAUCAGCCAGCAGGAGGCGCAUGCUAAGCUGGACAACUUGACUCUGAUGGAGAUCAACACGACACGUGCAUUCCUUCUUGACUCUCUGAACUGUAUGUACAAGUUGCGUACCAACCUCCAACCUGGUACCAGUUACGGAAAAGCGAAAGACUAUUGACCAACAAAGUGAAGUGCAACUUACCAGGAUGGGAAGCAAGCCUGGGAUUGGGACGGGACGGAAUGGGACCCGCUAUCAGAGUGGCUAAAGGACAAGCCUUGGACUGAGCUUCAUGUAAAGGGUGGGUCAAGGCCCACAUGUACAGAUCAUAUCCCCCAGAUCAUUAAAGACUGUUUCGUAUAGACUGGAGCAUCCUCUUCCUGUCAAGAGCCUGAAAUAUGCUAAUGACCACAGCUGCUUAGCUAAUUUACAGUUUGUAUUGUUUUUAUGAAGGGAGCUAGUUACUGCCUGAAUAAAUGCAUUUGUUGACAUUCAUUGAGUGCACUUCACUGAGUAAAGCAGCAUUUCAGGAAGCAUCCUACAGUUAACUAGGUAAAGUUGAUUAUCUUGUUGGUGAUACAACGCAUUUGGGUCUAUUUAUUUCUUAAAGCAUAUGUACUAAGAAAUAUCUCUAGUAUUCAAACUGCUGGUGAGGAACACAUACACUAUUUCUCUGGAUAAUUUGUCUUCUCACCACAGUCAUGGUUUAUGUGCAGGACACAGCGACUUAGUGUUCAGGAGGCACUUUGGCAUGCCUCCUGAACCGACUUAAACUUGAUGCUUUCUGCUAUGACUGCAUCUCUUUCAAAGCUAUGUAUUUUCACCUUAACAUUCCCGUGUGAUUGACAGGAUCAAUAUUAUCA